GGCUCAUCACAGUCUCAGAUGCUAUUUCUCAACUCCAUACAUUAUUGCUUCUCUACUACAUUCGCAGAUCCUCAGAGCAAAAAAGCUGUGAAAUUUCACACUUUUUUUCAAGCCAUCUUCAAUAUUCAUGCUAAUACUGCUUAUGGAAAGCCUUGCUCGGACUGUUCAAGCCAAGAACAAGAAUUUGACUUAUGCAUGUCAUGUUCAAAUCUUUGUUUUGGUUUUAUUUUUUUGUUUUGUUUCAGCUAAACCGGGUGAUGGGGUCAUCACAACUGUAGAAGAUUAUCAAGCACUUAAGGCCAUCAAGCGUGAACUGAUAGAUUCCAGAGGUGUUUUGAGGAGCUGGAGUGGCACUAGAAAUGGAGCUUGUUCAGGUACUUGGCAAGGAAUUAACUGUGUUAAUGGCCAAGUCAUUGUGAUACAGCUUCCAUUUAAAGGAUUAGGAGGAAGAAUUUCUGAACAAAUCGGACAGCUUCAAGCCCUUCGUUGGCUUAGUAUACAUGACAAUUUUCUUCAAGGUCCAGUUCCUAAUUCUCUUGGUUUUCUUUGCCACCUUAGAGGGGUUUAUCUAUUCAAUAAUCGUUUGUCGGGUUCUAUUCCUGCAUCCAUUGGUAACAGCCCCUCUCUUCAAAAUCUUGAUCUUAGUAAUAAUCUGCUCACCGGAACCCUUUCACCCAAUCUUGUAAAUUCUACUAGGUUUUAUAGACUAAAUCUUAGUUAUAAUGCAAUUUCUGGUUCGAUCCCAAACAGUUUCACUAAUUUCCCUUCACUCACUUUUCUUGCUCUGCAACACAACAAUCUAUCAGGCUCCAUACCAGAUGCUUGGGGUCUGAAUACAAAUGAUUCUUACCAACUUCGAUCUUUAACCCUCGACCACAAUCUUCUUUCAGGGAAUAUACCAUCUUCUUUAAGUAAAUUGUAUAAUCUCAAAGAACUUUUAUUGAGUCGAAACCAGAUUGUUGGAACCAUACCUGAUGAAUUAGGUAGUCUCACAAAGCUUCAGCUGUUAGAUUUAUCGGGGAAUGCCAUCAAUGGAAGCUUUCCUACUAGUUUUUCAAAUCUCACAGCGCUUGUUUCAUUGAAUCUAAAGGCCAACCACCUUAAAAAUGAAAUCCUAGAAGUUGUAUCCACAUUGCAAAAUCUUACAGUCUUAAAUCUGAAAAGUAAUGAGUUUGAUGGUGAUGUUCCCGCCAGUAUUGGAAAAUUGUCUAGCCUUCUGCAACUUGAUCUAUCAGAUAACAGUUUCACCGGAGACAUUCCUGACUCAAUAUCCAAUUUGCCAAACCUCACUUCUUUCGAUGUUUCCAACAAUAAUCUCUCUGGGGAAGUUCCCUCUAAGCUUCUGGACAAGUUCAAUUCUACUUCUUUUGUCGGUAACAUUCAGUUAUGUGGAUUUAGCCCCACUACUCAUUGCCCUUCUCCCACACCUUCCUCUUCGUCACAGGCUACGAACCAUCAAAAAAGCAGAGGGCAUAAAACCAAAGAUAUUAUUCUUAUAGCAGCUGGAACGCUCCUUCUUGUCCUACUUGUUUUGUGCUGCAUUUUGGGAUGCUGCUUGAUUAGGAAAAAGAGCAACUCAAAAGUUAGUAAAGAAUCUGGCCUGGCUGGUGCAAAGUCGGUUCCAGCCAUGGGAACCAAAGUCGAAUCUGGUGACAAAAGUGGAAAAUUAGUGCAUUUUGAUGGCCCAUUUGUGUUUGCAGCUGAUGAUUUGCUAUCUGCCACUGCUGAGAUAAUGCAGAAGAGUACAUAUGGAACGGCUUAUAAAGCGACAUUGGAGGAUAACAAUAAAGUGGUUGUGAAAAGACUAAGAGAGAAAACCGCGAAGGGACAGAAGGAGUUUGAAGCUGAAGUUGCUGCACUGGGGAAAGUCAGACACCAAAAUAUAUUGGCUCUCAGGGCCUAUUACAUGGGACCUAAAGGAGAGAAGCUACUUGUUUUUGAUUAUAUGUCAAACGGAAGCCUUGCAUCCUUCCUCCAUGCUCGAGGACCUGACACUACAAUAACCUGGCCAACAAGGAUGAGUAUUGCUAUGGGAAUGACACGAGGCCUCUGUUUCCUUCACUCUAAAGAGAAUAUAAUUCAUGGAAAUCUUACAUCAAGCAACAUUAUGCUAGAUGAGCACAACAAUCCUGCCAUUGCAGAUGUUGGGCUUUCAAGGCUCAUGACAAAUGCUACAAACCUCGAUGUGAUUGCCACAGCUGGUACACAAGGUUAUUGUGCACCAGAACUCUUAAAGCUCAAGAAUGUCACCACGAAAGCCGAUGUUUACAGCAUUGGGGUGAUCAUAUUGGAGCUCUUGACAGGAAAAUCUCCAAAUGAAGGCAGGGAAGGUGUUGAUUUGCCACAAUGGGUGUCGUCAAUCCUGAAGGAAGAAUGGACUAAUGAAGUGUUUGAUUUGGAACUUAUGGGGGAUACGUCAGACGUGAAUGAGGAGCUGUUUAAAACUUUGCAAUUAGCCAUGCAUUGUGUGAAUUCUUCACCUACUGCACGUCCAGAAGCCCGAGAAGUUCUUCAGAAACUAGAAGAGAUAAAACCUCAACUGGCUGCUCCAAGUUGUGCAAGUACUCCUGUUAAAAGUCACAGUUUUGAAAUACCAACAGAAACAUAAUGAAGGCUGAUAUAAAUUACUCCCUCCGCCCCGACACGUAAUUUAAUACUCCUCAAGUAUUAUUGUAUAACUUAUAUUCAAAAUUUUCUUUUCUUGUUUUUAUAUAGAUAAAGA